GCUUCAAGUAAAAGAAAAGUUACAGAUCCGUACUUACGCGUCAUGGUUGGUGGAGACACAUUUCAUCAGUCUAAAUAUCAGAACGUUCAUUUGGCGGCUUUCUCUCUCUCUCCGCUCGGAAGAGAAGUUCGAACUCGAGAAAUGGCGGUGGUGGAUUCUCCUACCGGAGUAAUCAUCGCUGCCUUGUUUCUACAUGCUGUCACUGCCAUGGUUAGCGGCUCCGACGCGGUUCUCAUGCUGGAGAGGCUGAUUCCGCCGAACCAUGAACUUAGUCUGACUCAGCUCAGGGCUUUUGAUUCAGCUCGCCAUGGAAGGUUACUGCAGUCUCCUGUCGGCGGCGUUGUUGAUUUUCCGGUUUAUGGAGCCUCCGAUCCGUUUCUCGUAGGACUUUACUAUACAAAGGUUAAACUUGGGACACCCCCAAGAGAAUUCAAUGUGCAAAUCGACACGGGAAGUGAUGUUUUAUGGGUUAGCUGCACUUCAUGCAACGGCUGCCCCAAGACUAGUGAACUCCAAAUUCAGCUGAGUUUCUUUGAUCCUGGAGCUUCAUCCUCAGCUUUAAUGGUUUCUUGUUCAGACAGGAGAUGUUACUCAAAUUUCCAGACAGAAUCUGGCUGUUCUCCGAACAAUCUCUGUUCCUAUACGUUUAAGUAUGGUGAUGGAAGUGGCACUUCUGGUUACUACAUAUCAGAUUUCAUAUCCUUUGAUACUGUUAUUACCAGUACCUUGGCUAUAAAUUCUUCUGCUCCAUUUGUUUUCGGGUGUAGCAAUUUACAAACGGGAGAUCUACAGAGGCCUAGAAGAGCAGUUGAUGGCAUCUUUGGGUUAGGCCAGGGGCGUUUAUCUGUAAUUUCACAGCUUGCUAUGCAGGGACUUGCACCACGAGUAUUCUCACACUGUCUGAAGGGAGAUAAAAGCGGUGGAGGUGUAAUGGUUCUAGGUCAAAUUAAGAGACCGGAUAUUGUCUAUACCCCUCUUGUUCCAUCACAGCCACAUUAUAAUGUGAACCUGCAGAGCAUUGCUGUGAACAAUCAGAUAUUACCGAUUGAUCCAUCUAUUUCAAUUGCUGUAUCACAGUAUGGGCGUCCCAUUACCUAUGAGAGUUACCAGUGCUUUGACAUCGCAUCUGGAGCGGUUGAUGCGUUUCCCGAAGUUAGUUUGAGCUUCGCUGGUGGUGCGUCAAUGGUGUUAAAGCCCCGUGGGUAUCUUCAAUAUUUUUCUAGUUCAGGAAGUUCGAUAUGGUGCAUUGGUUUCCAGAGAAUGUCGCAUCGUCGUAUAACCAUUCUUGGCGAUUUGGUUCUUAAAGACAAAGUGGUGGUCUACGAUCUGGUUCGCCAACGGAUCGGAUGGGCAGAAUACGACUGUUCUCUGGAGGUGAACGUUUCAGCGACAAGAGGAGGACAAAGCAGAGACGUUAUAAACACAGGGCAGUGGAGAGAAAACAGUUCAGAGAGUGGUUAUACAAGUUAUUACUUGUUGUUGUUACAAGUAGUUCUCUUUCUCCAUCUUUUGCUCUCUCGGAGUUUUAGCUUCUUUUAGCAUCUAGCAUUCACUUCAGAGUCCAGAGGUUGGGCUUUUGCCCAAAAAGUUGAGUCUCAAAAAACAAGAUUAUUGUUGUAACUUUAAUCACAUAUCAUCAUCAUCUAUCACUAAUUAAUUCUUACUUACGACCCAA